CAGUGUGUCCUCCAAGCGCAGAGAUGUCUGAGGUGGGGGCCCUUGGCCUCUGUGUCCUGGCUGCUGCUGAGGACCUGCAGGGCACACAGUGGUGUCCGCAACUCUGCAUGUCCCAGUCCAGAGACGCGGCAGGAGGAUGGAGUUUGGAAGGAUUUCAGCUCCAGGCUGGCCACUGGACCGACUUUUCAGCAUUUUAAGAAGUGCUUCCGUUCCUCAAGAGAAACCGUCUACUCCAGAUGUGGAGGACGCACCCCCGUAUCUCACAGUGGAUGAACUUUUAGGAAGGCAGAGAAAAGUCUACCUUGAGACCUAUGGCUGCCAGAUGAAUGUGAAUGACACAGAGAUAGCCUGGUCCAUCUUACAGAAGAGUGGCUACCUCCGGACCAGUAACCUUCAGGAGGCUGAUGUGGUCCUCCUUGUCACAUGUUCUAUCAGGGAGAAGGCUGAACAGACCAUCUGGAAUCGUUUACAUCAGCUCAAAUCCUUGAAGUCAAAACGGCUCCGCUCCCGAGUGCCUCUGAGGAUUGGGAUUCUAGGCUGCAUGGCUGAGAGAUUGAAGGAGGAGAUCCUCAACAGAGAGAAAACGGUGGAUAUUUUGGCUGGUCCAGAUGCCUAUAGGGACCUUCCUCGGCUGCUUGCUGUUGCCGAGUCAGGCCAGCAAGCUGCCAAUGUUCUGCUCUCUCUGGAUGAGACCUAUGCUGAUGUCGUGCCAGUCCAGACGAGCCCCAGUGCCACUUCUGCUUUUGUGUCUAUCAUGCGGGGCUGUGACAACAUGUGCAGCUACUGCAUUGUUCCUUUCACACGUGGCCGGGAGAGGAGUCGGCCUGUUGCCUCCAUUCUAGAGGAAGUGAGGAAGCUUUCUGAGCAGGGGCUGAAAGAAGUGACACUCCUUGGUCAGAAUGUUAAUAGUUUUCGGGACAAUUCAGCGGUCCAGUUCAACAAUGCAGUGUCCACCAACCUUAGCCGUGGCUUUUCCACCAACUAUAAAGCCAAGCAAGGGGGCCUUCGUUUUGCUUACCUUCUGGAUCAGGUCUCCAGAAUAGAUCCUGAAAUGAGGAUUCGUUUCACCUCUCCCCACCCCAAGGACUUUCCUGAUGAGGUUCUGCAGCUGAUUCAUGAGAGGGACAACAUCUGUAAACAGAUCCACCUACCAGCCCAGAGUGGAAGCAGCCGUGUAUUGGAGGCCAUGCGGAGGGGAUAUUCAAGAGAAGCUUAUGUGGAAUUAAUUCAUCAUAUCAGAGAGUCUAUCCCAGGUGUGAGCCUCAGCAGCGAUUUCAUUGCUGGCUUUUGUGGUGAGACGGAGGAAGAUCACCUCCAGACAGUGUCUUUGCUUCAGGAAGUUCAGUACAACAUGGGCUUCCUCUUUGCCUACAGCAUGAGACAGAAGACACGGGCAUAUCACAGGCUGAAGGAUGAUAUCCCGGAAGAGGUAAAAUUAAGGCGUUUGGAGGAACUUAUCACUGUCUUCCGAGAAGAAGCAACAAAAGCCAACAAGACCUUUGUGGGUUGUACCCAGCUGGUGCUGGUGGAGGGGCUCAGUAAACGCUCUGCCACUGACCUGUAUGGCCGGAAUGAUGGAAACCUUAAGGUGAUCUUUCCUGAUGUAGAGAUGGAGGAUGUCACUAACUCUGGGCUCAGGGUCCAAGCUCAGCCUGGGGACUAUGUGCUGGUGAAGAUCACCUCCGCCAGCUCUCAGACACUUAAAGGACAUGUUCUCUGCAGGACCACUCUGAAGGACUCUGCAGCAUAUUGCUGACCUGAGUGGUUGGCCUCUCAUUCCUUCCCAGCAGGAAGAGAGAGAUGACUGGUCACUAAUGAAAGAGGUAACGAAGCUUUGGAGACAAGCUGCAAAUGGUGAAGCAACUUUCUAUGAAAUGGAAAAUGCAUUUCUUUGCUCUUUGUGAACAGCUUUUACAGUCAUUAAAUUUACCUAAACUAAAGUGG